CACUGGUGUUGUUGCGAGGAAAAAUACAGCUCUACAGCGAGGAAAAAAUCGAAUUUUUGUGUUUUGUGUGCUAGUUCUAGCUACAUGAAUUAAAAACCAAAAAUAGAAAAAGCUGGAAAAGCUGGUUGAAUAAUAAUAAUAAUAAAAUCACCAAAAGGAAAAUCCGAAACCGAAAAAGAAAAAGAAAACCAACCAACAACAAACGACAUCAACAGCAUCAACUAAUAUCAAAUUAAAUAACUAAGCCUAAUAACGUAUACAUUUAAAGAUCUAUUUAUAAAUUAAAAUUUACCAUAAUGAUUUAGUAAGUUAAGCUUAAAGUACAAAAAAAAAAAAAGAAAAGAAAACACAACUACAACCACAACAACCAACCACAACAACACAAAGUCAACAACUAAGAAAUAACAAACAACCCAACAAAAAAUUUAAAAAAAUCAAUCAUUCAACGGAGUAAAGUCAGUAAAAAAAUCCAUACUAAAUGCAAAUGACAAGGAAAUAACGAUAACAACACCACAUAAUAAACCAGCAGGAGGAGGAGCAGCAGGAGCAACAGCAACAACAACAUCGGCAGCAUAAUUAAUAACUACCAACAAACAACAACGGAUCAAUACCAAAGAUGGAGGCAAAAUUCUUGGCUAGCGCUCUUUCAUUCCUCUCGAUAUUUUUAGCGAUUCAUGCUCAAUCAAAUGAUAAGCUGGUGCCAAACUAUGACAAUGUCGAGCAUCAAAUGAAAUUUUACGACAUCAGAACGCCGCUGGUGCUCAGCUGCAACGUGAGAGACGCCGAUCCGACGGCCCCACUUAUAUGGAAAAAAAACGGAACGGCGGUGACAGAAGUGGCUUCGCUAAGGGGUCGCUUCAAACUAAUCGAUGCCGAGAGGAAGUUCAUCAUCGAUAGGUCGGAAUCUCACGACGAUGGACUCUACAGUUGCGAGAUCGACGGCGAGUCCAAGAAUAUCAAUGUGAUUGCCCGCGUUGUUGUACGAGUGCCUUCAAAUACAGCCGUUGUGGAGGGUGAAAAGAUGUCGGUGACCUGCACCGUUUUAGGUACCAAGCCGCAGUUGUCGUGGACCUUUGGCAAUAUCACGCUGACGAACGCCACAGAUCGGUUCGUCCUCAAGGAGGACAAUGGAGUCCCGAACUCCAUUCUUACACUGGAGAACGUGACAUUGGACGACAGAGGCGAGUACAAGUGCUUUGGACGCAAUGCGGCCAAUGAAUACGGUGUGAACAGCACUGUUGUCUACGACACCACAACUGUGCGUGUUAAGGGCAAAUUUGCCGCCUUGUGGCCUUUCCUGGGCAUCUGUGCUGAGGUGCUUAUUCUCUGCGUCAUCAUUCUCAUCUAUGAGAAGCGACGCAACAAGAGUGAACUGGAGGAGAGUGAUACUGAUCCCCAAGAACAGUAAGUGUGCCUACUCUCCAAUCCAACAACAACAACACACCAACCAAUCAAAUCCACAACCAACAACAACAACAAACAAACAACAUCAACAACUGUCAACACCAAAUAUUAUUAAACAAACAAUCAACAACAAGAAAGAAGAGAAGAAAAAAAAAACAGCAAAACAGCAGCAGAAGAGGAAAAAAGUUGAAAAUUUUAGUUUUAUACUGCAAAUUAAAGACGUUGAAGCUGCAGGCAAAUGCGAAUGCAGACCAGACACCAAAAUACACACACGGUUACGGACGGAUACAAUAGAUACGGAAAAGCCACGUACUUACACACACUGACCUAGGGACGAAAAAUGGACGGAAGAAGGCAGCAGCUACAACAAUUAGUGAAAUUUUCUUAGUUAACAAUUUCUAAUAGUGUUACCCAAAAGUCGAAAGGAAAAUGAAUGAAUUUUUGUGUGUUUUUGUCGCAAAAAAAAAAAACCGGAAACGGAAACAGACGGACGAUGACGGAUACACGCGCGGUGCGAUGAAAAGUUAAACGUUUAAGAAACAAUCUAGUUUUUUCUAAUUUUGUAUUAUAAACAAAGGAUAAUAAUAAUACCCAGAGAAGUGAAAAGCAAGCUUAGACGUGUAGAUUUCGAAAUUCUAGUUCGACGAUGUGUGCUAAAAACGGGAUCAAAUGUAUGUUCCUGAUAUAUCCGUAUAUUUGCAUUGCCCGUUAAAACCUCUGACAAACACAAAACGGAAACGGAAACACAAAACAAAAUAAAUUAUAAAAUCUACAGCUAAAACUUGAAACUAAACUAAAAACGAACGCGCACAAUAGACACACCACUACUCAUGCAAACACACACACACCCUACUACACACACCCCAAGAGUUAAAACAAAAUAUGUAGUUCUAUAGCUAUAGAAUAUUAUAACUAUAAUUCAUCGUAAAUAUGCCUUAUAAUUUCUUGCUUUAUUCGAAACGAAAAUUCAUUUGUUCUCGCUAUUGCUUGUUUCUGUUGCUUGGAAAGAAAAACUUGAAAAAACAAAUGAAAACUUUAGAAAAAACGUAUACCCAACUUACAUAUAAACGAUAAAAGUUCUUUUAUGUCAAAGUCCAGUCCAUAAUAUUAUUAUUA